AUGCCCGCUUUUGCUGGACUGCAGACGCUCGCCUACGGUGCUGUGUGCCUCUACGCAGGACUCCGCCUCUGCAUCGCGCCGGGCCUUCUACUCGCCCAACUCGCCCCCGUGACUCGCCUCAUCGAGGACAAGGUCGGCCUUAAGCCGCACGGUGCCGGCGACGAGGCCUCGCUCGCCCUCUCCGGCCUCGCUCUCGCCGCGCUGGGCUACACCUACUUCAUGAGCGUCUACACGCUCGACCGCAAGGCCCAGAUGAACGGCACCUCGCAGCGCCUGUUCCUCGCCCUCGCCUCGUACGUCCUGUGCAAGCAGACCGAGCACGGCUCGUCCCUCAUCGCUCUCUUCGGCCUCGUCAACCUCGCGUCGGGCCUCCUCAUGGGCUUCUCGGUCGGCUGGGGCGACGGCAACCAGGUUGACCUCGACAUCAAGGCGCGCGUCGAGGCGAGGCGGCGAGCAGAGGCAGCCAAGAAGUAGUAGAAAGCCCGCUCUCAGUGUAACAGAGAACUCAUGCAGACUC